AACAUUCACGCUAAGCAACCCACUUAAUCAUGCAUUAACACCCCAACGACAAUCUGGGUCGCUCCCUCGUCGGUCGCAUCUUCGUAGCUUCCGCGGUCGGUAAAUGCGCCGGCCUGAUCGCCCGAGGCAACGCGCUUUAUCAGCUGCACAUUGCCGCGGCGGCUGCCGGUCCGCCGUCCCCUACGUCCGUAUGUCAGUUCCGACGUUGGUGGGAUGUAGGUGCGAUGAUCCCGCCGAGAUAUUGGCUCCACGUGCUGCUACUCCUGUCGGUCGCCUUAUCGACCGGAUUUUCUCAAGCAAAAAACCUGAGUUGUUAUCAAUGCAUCAGACAUUCGGAAGAGGAAUGUCUUCCUCAAGAUUUGAAACAAUGCGGUUCGAAACACGACAGAUGCGUGUUUCAUACAUCUAAAUCAGCCCAGAAAGGAAUUGUAGUGAAAAGAGAAUGCGGACUAGCUCCUUGCGGUUUCGACGACGAAAUGGUCGCUAAAGGAUUGGGAAUGGGCGGUACAUGCGAUCGAAGCAAAGAUGAAUAUUUUUGUUUUUAUUGUUGUAGUCACGAUGGUUGUAACAAAAACGUAGCAGGGAAAGUAAGAUUUUCCUCGUUUAUUCUUGUAUCCAUAACAGUUUUUAGUACUAUAUUUAUAUGAAUAAAGAAGUUGUGUAAUAA